AUGACUUCCUCAAACAAAGCUCUUGUCUACGAUGCUCUUAAAACUUUAAACAAUCCUACUGAAGAUUCAAGAACCGAUUUUGUUAAUAAUAAUGAGGAACUUUAUAUUCCAGAUUUCGCUGCUUACUUUGGUGAAGGAUUUCAAGAUGUUAUUGACCAAUUUAAAGAAGACCAUCAGAAGGAAUCUGAAAGGAAAGUUAAAGAUAAGCAGAACGAAACUUCAGACAGCGAAAAUUCUUCAGACGAGGAAAAUGGUAUAUUUAAUGAGGAUGAUUAUGAUGAUAAUAAUAGUAAUAAUUUGUAG